CUGUAAUAAUUAACUUACAUGGUUUGAGAAACUGAAAACAGAUAAUAUGUGUGUUGCAGAUGUAUAUGCUUGUUUAUGGGAGUCAUGUGGGUUUGAAUCUUCGGACUCCAAUGAGAUAGUGAGACAUGUCAAUUUCCACUCAUACCAUACCAAAAUAAAGUGCAUUGGAUCAAAUAUUUUGGCUCGAUCAAGGCUACCAGCUUGCACAUUCAUCCAGGUUGGAAAGAACUUGGUACCAGACUUGCCAGAUCCAUUUACAUGUUGUUGGGAUGACUGUGAGCGAACAUUCAACAACUCACAGAUGUACUUCAACCAUGUUCAGACACAUGUCCACUGCAACCCACGUGGUAAUAACGUAGAAGGUGGUGUUCCCUGCAGCUGGCGUGGUUGCAAGUCUGUGUUUCGGUCAAUGUACAAAUUAGCGGACCAUGUCAGAAGCCAUACGCAGGAGAAACUUGUGGGCUGUCCAACCUGUGGUGGGCUCUUUGCAACAAAAACUAAGUUCUUUGACCAUUGUAAGCGCCAGGUUCCCUUGGAAUUACAAGGGUAUCAGUGUUCACACUGCUCCAAGUAUUACCCAUCUGAGAGACUGUUGCGGGACCACAUGCGUCACCAUGUGAACCACUACAAAUGCUCCUUUUGCGACAUGACUUGCCCUACUCCAUCAUCCCUUAGUGUACACAUUAGAUACAGACACCUGGACAGCAAACCAUUCAAGUGCAGCUUUUGUGAAUACACAUCCUAUCAAGCUGUUAGAUGGUACAUGGUGCCUCAAAUCUUGACAGAUGACCAGACACAUCGGCUAUGCAUUGCAUCUGAUCUUUUACACAAUGCAGAGAUGUUUGAUAGGGUCAUUAAUGGUGAUGAAGCAUGGUGUUUGCAGUACAUCCUGGAAACAGAUAGCAAGAGCAUGCAGUGGAAAACACAGAAUUCACCUCGGCCAAAAAAAAGAUGCAUAUCUCUCUCGCAAUUCAGGGCCAUGCUUGUGUGCUUCUUUGAUUGCAGGGGUGAUAGUUCACUAUGA